AUGGUCCGCGUGUGCUGCGUCUCUCUGCACCAGCUACUGCUGCUGGCGAGCGUCAGUCUCCACGUCGGCGUUCAGGUCGUGUUGCUCGAAGCUCUGGUUUUCACGGACCUCUCCGCUGCAAUAUGCCCAUACUUCGACUCGGCCGUAGCUGCUGCCGCUUCAGCUCCUGCUGCGAGCGACGACGCCUCGUUUGCGUCCGAGCUGUCGUCAUUUGAGAUGGACGAAGACGACUCUGUUCCCCACUAUUCUCCGAUGCCACACUCGCCGCUUUUGGUGGCAGUUGGCACGUGUGAUGCAGUGGCGCUGCGGUGGCGCAGCUUUGAGAUGCCCAUGUGGCCAGUCGAGCGCUUUGUGCUUCAGCGAUAUCCGGACAGAGAGAACCAGCCACAGUGGAGCACGCUGCUGGACGAGAAUGCAUCGGAGCUCGUGGACCUGAGUGUCCAGUCGGGACGCAGGUAUGCGUACCGUGUGCAGGCCAUCAGUAGGGACAAUGUGACGAGCGCAUACGAGUAUCAGUGGAUUCAUUUGGAUGGCGUCAAGAGCGGUCGAAGCUCAAGGUGUCGCGCAUCGUCUUCUUUGCUGAGCUCGAUCGACAGUCUCGACAUUGAUCGAGUCCGCUCUCUCGGGAUCAUCGUCGCGUGCUUCUUGACCGUGUACGGUCUCAUGCGCGCGAGUGUUAUGGGUGUACAAGGCACACAGUCCCGUUCGAGUCGACUGAAGCAAAUUGAAAAGUCCAUGGCCGAGGCAGGAGGGGUUGUGCCAGCCAGUGUGCCGACACGACAGGAAGCGUCCAUGGUACCGAGACAGUCUUCGACGUCCACGUCCAGCUCCUCGUCGUCCAUGGACGUCGACGUUGGUCUGCGCGGCAGCAUGCCCGACGCUAGCCCGACAAUCCUCACCGCCUCGGAUCGUGGUUUGCCACGCGCACUCAGUUAUUCGGGUCCCAUGCUGCGGUCGCAGUCGGUUCAGCUACCCAUCCGAAGUUCAUUUCGCCCCAUAUCGCAUUCCAUCAGCACUAUUCGCGAGAAGGCGACCGAGUGCGAGCACUGUGGCAAGCGCUUUGGACUGUUUCGAAAGCAGUAUGUAUGCGACAUCUGCCACUCAGUCUCGUUGUGCCGCAAGUGCGGCUACCGGGCGUCGGUAGACAGCUUUGCCCACGCGCACACUGGUAUGCAUGCGGGGUCGGAAGGCGAUGGGAGGACGAGCAUUAGUGGUUAUGACACGGGUCGACGUCGUUCGAGCGUGGACCGGCAUUGGCAAAAGAAGCUCAAGGUCCGGACGAUUUGCAGGACGUGCUGCGAUGACGUUUAUCGAUACUCUGCGCACGCGAAUGUAAGACCGCCGCCGCCUCACGUCUCAGCAGCAAUGUGA